UAACAAGUUGUUCACCAUUCACAUUCCAUCUUCUUCCUCACUUUCAUCACCUUUUCUUUUCUCUCCACCACCUUCAUCACCAACACUCUCUAGCUCCAACCAUGGCAGAACCCUUCACAAACUUCCACAACAAACACUUCAACUACCACUCCUCUUCUUCCUCCUUCUUCUCCACCAUCACCCCUUCACCACCUUCUCCUCCUCUUAGAGAAGCUCUUCCUCUCCUCACCCUAAGCCCUUCAAACUUUAAUAAAGACACUUCCUUUAAUGAAGCUCACAAGAACAAAGUCCUCUUCUCUAAACUUGAAGUAUGAUGAUGAUGAUGAUGAUGAUGAUCAUGGAGUUAGUGAUGGUGUUACUGUUGCUCUUCACAUAGGUCUUCCAACUCCUUCUGCUUCUGAUCUCAUCUCUAGGAUCUCUUCUUCUUCUAUUCAAGAACAUCAUCAUGCUGAUGAUUCUAAACAAGUUGAUGAUCAGGAGGAGAAUGAUGAUCAUGAAGCUGUUGAUCAUGUUGUUCCUUUAGGUUACCCUUCUUCUUCUUCUCCCAUUGGUAAGCUCACCAAGGGCCAGUAUUGGAUCCCUACUCCUUCUCAGAUCCUCAUUGGUCCUACUCAAUUCUCUUGCCCAGUUUGCUUCAAAACCUUCAACAGAUACAACAACAUGCAGAUGCACAUGUGGGGGCAUGGAUCACAAUAUCGGAAAGGACCGGAAUCUCUUCGAGGAAUUCAGCCGACGGCAAUGCUCCGAUUACCAUGUUAUUGUUGUGCACCAGAAUGCAGGAACAACAUAGACCAUCCAAGAUCAAAACCAUUAAAGGAUUUCAGAACUUUACAAACACAUUACAAAAGAAAACAUGGGAUAAAACCAUUCAUGUGUAGGAAGUGUGGCAAGGCUUUUGCUGUGAGAGGAGAUUGGAGGACUCAUGAGAAGAAUUGUGGCAAGCUUUGGUACUGUAUUUGUGGUUCAGAUUUUAAGCACAAGAGGUCUCUUAAGGACCAUGUUAAGGCUUUCGGUCACGGUCAUGCGGCUUAUGGUAUCGAUGUUUUCGAUGAAGACGAUGAUCCUUCGUCGGAGAUUGAACAAGGUUGCAAUGCUUCUCACUGAUCAUGCUAUAAGCUCCUUUUUAUUUUUAUUUUACAUGCUUAAUUAUAUAUAUGUUGGAGUUUUAGACAUGGAUAGAAUGAUGAACAUGAGGACUUAUAUAAUUAAAGUAGCUUCAAGUGUUGUGUCUUAGUUGAUGAUAAUGAAUUAGGGUUUGUUUUUAGGUUCUUGUUUGCUUAAAAUUAACUCAUGUUUUGAAUCACAUUUGAAAGUGUGAUCAUAUGGUAAGGUUGUUGGUUAGGGUUU